CUUUUAUUCACUGUUUACAAUCAAAACACACGUGCUUUUUUUGGCAUAUUUGUGAUAUCUUGAAAUCGACGAUUAUUGUUUGUGUACGACACAAUUUAGUUGCUGACGUUUUAUCGUGUCGGAAAAUGUCGAAAACUUUGCUGUGGAAAAAAUUGAAAUCCCUUGCGAUUAUUGCAACUGGAGGCUCAGCUGCUUUUGUUGGGAUAUGUAUGUAUCAAGGAAAUGAAAAAUUUUACAAAGAAGCUCUGAUCCCAGCAGUGCAUACUAUAUUGGCACCAGAAGCGUCUCAAACACUUGGACUGUUGGCUGCAAAAUGGGGUCUAAUUUCAAAAUGCAAAGUUCAAGAUGGAGCAUUGUUGAAAACUAAGUUAUGGGACUUGGAAUUUUCAAAUCCUAUUGGUAUUGCUGCUGGAUUAGACAAAGAUGGUGAAGCCCCAUCAGGACUAUUCAAAAUGGGUAUAGGCUUUUUGGAAGUUGGAACCGUGACACCACUUCCUCAAAGUGGUAAUCCAAAACCAAGGGUAUUUCGCCUGCAUGAAGAUCAAGCCCUUGUUAAUAGGUGUGGUUUUAACAGCAAAGGGCACAAAUAUGUAAAACAGCGACUGGAAGUCUGUGAUAAAAAUGGUAUCAUAGGUGUAAAUCUUGGGAAAAACAAAGAAAGUGAAUCUGCUGCAGAGGAUUAUGUAAAAGGAAUAAAUGAAUUUGCUUUAAUAGCAGAUUAUUUUACCAUUAAUGUAUCUAGCCCAAAUACCCCUGGAUUAAGGAACUUGCAGAAAAAACAAGAGCUUGAAAAUCUUCUUGAUAAGGUUCUUGAAGCAAGAGAUAAAAAUUUCAAGAAACCCCCUGUUCUCUUAAAAAUAUCACCUGAUCUUUCAUAUGAAGAGAAAAGUGAUAUAGCUCAAGUUGUACUGAGGAAAGGGAAAGCUAUAGAUGGCUUAAUUAUUUCGAAUACGACAACAAAUAGACCUGAAUCUCUAAUAAGCAAACACAAAAAUGAACAAGGUGGGCUUAGUGGGAAACCUCUGCAAAAUAUAAGCACUUCUGCUAUUAAAGAUAUGUUUGUGUUAACUAAAGGCCAAAUACCUAUCAUUGGAGUUGGAGGUGUAGCAUCUGGUAAAGAUGCCUAUGAGAAAAUAAAAGCUGGAGCCUCUCUCAUACAACUUUAUACAGCUAUAACCUUUGAAGGCCCUCCAGUUAUUGGAAAAAUUAAGAGAGAACUGCAAGAAUUAUUAAUAGCUGAUAAUAUUGAAAACAUUAAAGAUGCAGUAGGAAUUGAUCAUAAAAAAUCAGCAAAGUCUUCUAGCUGAUAAUAUUGACUACUUAAAUGUGUUAUCUGUAUGGUGCAUUUUAUGUAUUAAGAUGCCAUAAUGUAAUAUUUUUGAAGUGCAUAUGCACUUAGGUCAAUACCCACUUUAUUAUCUUUGUAAAUAUGCUUAAUUUUUAUCAGUAAUAUUUAAGACUGUUCCAUAAUUGUUUUGCACAUAUUUGCAUAGAGAUGUGAUGAUUGAAAAUGUUUAGUAAAUUUAUUCAAUCUAUUGCUUAUUGUGCGGAAAAUAUUCAGGAAAGGGACCGAUAUCUGAGAUGCAGUUAACAUGGUAUGGCAUCAUGAUCAAUUAAUUAUCACAUGGCCCCUAUAUGUGCUUGUAACUUGAAGGAAGCACAGGCCUAUAUGACUGGCCAAUAAUACAUUUAUGUAAUUUUACUGCCUCAUGUUCACCUUUUCCAUGCUGCUUUCGGUGAUAAAUUUGAUAUUUUAGUGUAGCAUAUACACUACAAGACUAGAACAUUUUCUGUAUAUGUAGCCUAAAAACUCUUUGAGUGGUGCUAUUGUUUAUUGAUAAUCAUUCUUUUUCAGAAUUAGAAUUAUUUGAAUCUAGGCUUGAAAUUCUUGGUCAGAAAAAUGUCUUAGGAUGCUGUAUAAUUUUGUCAUCACUAAGCUCGUUCUCUCAGGAAUAAUUUGAUAAACUAUCUGCAUACAAUUUUCCAUCAUUACAUUCUAUUCUAUCAUUUUUAGGAAUUUAUACUUAAGUUAUUGGAAAAAAAUCACUUUGUCCCCCCAAAAAACUCAUUGAUAACAAUAAUCCACUGAUAAUUAGUAGAAAAUGAGUUUUAUUGUCUCCUGUGCUUUAAUAACAAUCUGCAUAAAAUGAGUUUAAUCGUUUCCCACUUAACAUGUUCUAAUUAUUUAGACAAAGUCACCUUUUCUAUCAUGUCAUUCCUUGUAUUCAUGCUAGAUGUCCUGCAAAAUUGACCUAACUUGAAUACUUUUCACCUUUCUUCAUAACUGUGAGAACCCAGUCUUUUGUAAAAGCAAAUUGAUAUACAGCAAAAGCUUAGAGGGGUCAUCUGUACCUGAGAUUAAAAUGUACAAAAAUAUUGUUUGAUAUAGAAAUAAAAAUUUAUUUUUAAAUGUCUUAUUAAAUGUUUUUUUUUUAAAUUAUAUGCAUGUGAAUUAAUAAUUUUCUGUCAAGUUUUGGUGAAAAUAUGUGUUUUUAGAAAAUUAAAUAUAUUCUUGUUACAGACUUAACUAGUAUUAUUUACUGUGGAAGAUUAAAAAUAUUAAAUUUGCUGAUGUAUUAAAUUAUUAAAAAAAUUAGGUGUAUGGACAACCAAAUAUGAGAAAAGGUUGCAGUGUUUUAUGUUAAAACUGACCACAGUGGAAUUUAAUACCAACUUAAGAAGACAAUAUUUAAGUUUGAUAGUAAAUCAAAAUGCUAAGAUAGCUAACAGCAACUGAAUGGUAUUAUCCACAUAAGACAGAUAUUUAAUGAAUCAUUUUAUUCUGUAUAUACAUUUAUAAGAAGCAUGUGCAAGGACAGAUAAAAUAUGCUAACAUUAUCAAGAGAGAUUUUUUAUACUGUUGUGCCUCGUAUAAUAAAUACGCACAUAGGCCAAAAAAAGUCUUGGAUUAUGAAUCACAUGCCAGUAUCAUUCUACAUUAUUAACAAAUUGAAUACUGAGCUAAAUUUGGUUAAUUUUCUGUCACUUAAACACAGAAAAUAUGUGCGGGCAUAAACAAAGGCAACGAGUUACGAAACAGGCAGGUAUACACAUUUUUAAUUAUAUUUCCAUUAAAAAACUUCAAGCCUUUAUUGAACACAGAAACAUAAAAAAAAAAAAAAAAAAAAAAAAAAAAAAAGCCUAGAAAGAAGUUUCAUUGGAUGAGAAGAAGACAGAUGACCAUGCCUAAUGCAAUCAUCAGUGACCUCUUGAAGAAGUGGGCAGCCAAGCAAUGGCAACCCAUUCCAGCUGAGGGAAAUCGAUUAACAGAUUUGUUUAACAGCAGUGCCAUGCAGUUUAUCAGAACCAUUCUGAAGAAAGGAGGGAAAAUAAACCACUUUGGAUAACUUGUAAAAAUAUUGAUCUUCCAAAAAAAAAAAAAAAAAAAAAAAAAAAAA